ACUAAUUUCCUUGAAUAUUUUUGGUUCGUUCUUGAAGUUUAAUCAUCACUUUGACUCCAGUAAAACUUGCAAAUAGUAGAUUCAUUUUGGUGAUCGCUAUUAAAAUUACUAUGGUAACAAUACCGAAAGAAUGUUUACACGAAAUGGACGAUAUUUUAGGAAAGUGGUCCUGCGAAAUCGGUGGGACCUACAUGCCGAAAACGUACUUAACUAUUCAAAAUAAAAUCAACAAUUGGAAAGUCAGUAAUGAGGAUGUAUGGAUUAUUAGUUUUCCUAAAACUGGUACAACAUGGACUCAGGAAAUGGUGUGGCUUAUUUUAAACGACCUCAACUAUAAAGGUGCACGGAAAAAUCUCCUAAAACGCUCUCCUCAAAUAGAAGCAACUGCCCUAGUGAGAUAUCCACAUAUAAAAUUUUUCAAACCUUUUAUACCUCAAGCAAUAACUGAUUCGUUGAAAUACGUUAAAAAUCUAAAACACCCAGCUUGUAUUAAGUCUCAUCUACCUUGGAACUUAUUACCUGAAGCAAUACAAAAGGAUGUUCAGCGGCCAAAAAUAAUUUAUAUAUCACGGAAUCCAAAGGACACCUGCGUAUCUUAUUAUUAUUUUUCAAAGUUAAUAAAAGAUUUUGAUGGCACAUUAGAUGAAUUCUGCAAUCUGUUUUUGCGAGGAAAAAUUAAUUAUGCUCCAUAUUGGGAUCACGUUCUACCAUUUUGGAAAAGACGAAAUGAGGAAAAUAUCCUUUUUCUCAAAUACGAAGAAUUAAAGCAAGACCUUCCUGGUGUUAUUGAUCGGGUAGCCAUCUUUUUAGGUAAAAACUUAUCCCAAGAGCAAAUUUACACACUUGCAGAUCAUCUUAGUUUCGACAAUAUGAAAAAUAACACAGCUGUCAAUUACGAUUGGCUAGUGAAACUGUCAUCUAAAUAUAAAGCUGAUAAAAACAGUUCUUUCAUGCGAACAGGAAAGGUUGGUGACUAUAAGAAUGUCAUGUCUGAAGAAAUGAUCGAGAGAUUUGAUAAAUGGACAAAGGAACAUACAAAAGGAACAGGUCUAGACUUUUAA